CUGACUGACUUAACAUUACGCAUGGAGGUGGAAGCAUUUGUGUGAUUUUUUGUUGUUGUUACAUAUUACCCUCAUCAUUGUCUGACACUACAGUAACUUUAGUACUGAGUGCCUGAUUUUAACCAGAAACUGAAUAAACACAAGAGAGGUCUUUGACUUUUGCACAGUUCUGUAUGUUCCCAUGAUGUGGCCUGAUAAAGUUAGUGAGGGGAGUGUCUGACAGUGUUAAUGGUAGAUGGCCAAGUAGACUAGACAUGUGAUGAGGAAAAUAUCAACUUCAUGUGACCCAUGGCUAAGGAGCAACUCAUAGGCAAAGACAAACGCCCAUUUGUCUUGUUUUCUCCAGUCAAUGCUGAACCACUGAGGAAAAUCUACCAUUCAGCCUGUGUAGAUCAUCUCCCCUCUGGAUGACACCACAGUGGUCAGGAUGCAGACUAUUAAGACAGUGGAGACCCAAGUGCCCUUUCUGAAAGAGAGUUUCUUUACUACCACUUUCAAAGGAAGGAGGAAGAGCAGCGUUACCAACAUCCUCCGUAAACAACAGCACUCACUCCUUAAUCAACACCAGCAACAAAAUAGCAUUUUAGAGGAUUGCCAGCAGCAUCCGAAUCAAUUUCUUUCCCCUUCAGUUGAAAAUGGACAAGGGCAGCGCUCUCCGAAGCAUCAGCAGCUUGCUCGCUCAACCAGCAGCCCGUUAUGCAAGACAGCCGAGCAUGCAGGAGUAUAUGGAGAUAGAAAGGAGGGGCAAAAAGAGAGGAAGGAUCAGAGAGUGAGAGAGGCUGUGCAGGGGAGGGAGGGAGAGCAAGCAGUGAGUGGUAGCGAGCCUGCGGCUGUCAGUGCCAGUCUCCUCCUCCUUUCAUCAUCAGCAUCAGUGGCGCUGGGGGAGGCAGCAUCAUCCUCACAGCUGCCUUUAACGGUGGUGAGCAGACAGCAGGGAUUAGGCAGCUCUGAAAAGGCACUGACCAACAGAGGACCAGCAUCAAUAGCAGCCCAGGAGGCCCAGCAUGCCCAGCCUCGACCUCAGCAGCAUGGCCUGUUAGCCAGGGGUGUCCGGCUGCUCAGGAACAUGGGGAACCAAGAGGCAAAGCAGAGGAAAGGAGGAGGAAGUGGUGGAGCAGCAGGGGAUGUCUUCUGUGAUGGUGAAGCUGACGCUGAUGAGAGGGAAGUGGACAAAAAAUCUAAAAAGUCCUAUAGCAAGAUAGGUAAAGGAGGAGGAGAACAUAAUGGUAAGAAGAAAUCAAAGUCAGAGUCAAAGGGUUCUGUGUUUUCUAGCAUGAAGAUCAGGAAGAGUUUAUCCAAGGUGAAAGGGUUGCCAAAGGAUGACAUGAUGGAAGAUGGGAGGUCAGCACACUUUGGAAAAGCAGGGCUCAAUCCCUGUCCAGAGGUGACCCCGUCAGCUGAUGAGAUGGGGAUGCUAUCAGAUGUCGAGGGCGAUCUACACUGUUUGACCACAGAGAGUCACCAAUCUAUGGUAGAUGAGAUUGGCCGGAAGACAAGUUCGGCGUCGGAUGCUGACCUCUACAGUUUUCACUCAGCAGCAGCUGAAAAUGAAGACCUGCUCACUGAUAUCCAGCAGGCCAUUAGAAACCAAUGUGUGGCCAGUGACAGGGUACUGGAAAUGGUAACUGGCUACUUACCUGAAGGCUCCACCUCUGAGGGGAACAAAGCCCUUAAGAAGGUAAUAUCUCACCAGCUGUUUAAUCUGGAUAAGGAAGUUGUUAGUGGAAGUGUGGGUCAGGAAAUAAUCACUGAGUGUGAGAAAUUAGACAAUGAAAGCUGUGAUAUGCCCAUAUCAAGACAUUCCUCUGGUCCAGGGUCUCCGAGUGAGAGUGGUCCCCCAUCUUCAGCUGCAGACACAGAGAGAAGCAGUGGCAGCCUUUUCCCAAAGACUAACAGCACGUAUAGCUUCCCUGACACUACAGCCACCACCACCUCGUAUGAGAGUGCUGAGGAGACCCAGGAAGACCUGGACAACCCGUUUCUUCACUCACAUCAGUGUCAAGGUAAUCGGGGUGCACAGAGGAAAAACACAUGCGUGCCAUGUGUUUGCUUGGAUCCCAUGGUGGCAGGAGCCGGGCCAAUCGGGGCUCACAAAAGUGCAAGCAGCAUGGACCUGUCUAUGGAGAGGGACGAGGAAGAUGAAAAUGGGAGACGGCUCUUCCUGUCCCUGAAAAGGAGGAAGAGUAGUAUGUCUAUUAACCAACUAACAACAGACAGCCCCUCUGUUUCUCAACCUAGACGGACAUCCUCCAGCUCCUCCUCCACUGUCAAACUCUAUCCUCCAGUCCACCCCUCCUAUGUUAAGACCACCACCAGGCAGCUCACUUCUCCAAUUGGCUCCCCUAUUACCAGCCCCCAUGUGCCCAGGAGAACGGAUGGCACUGUUGCUUCAGUGGAAUCCAGCGGGGCCCAGGUAUUUAGGAGGCGCAAGCAGAGGUCCUGCUCCAUCGGUGGGCCUCUCAGUGUGUCUUCAGACUGGUCCCCAGAGCUGGACGAGCAAAGAGGAAAGCAUGGUGGUGGGGCUAAAUUCCCAGAGCAGGAGACACCAGAGAAGAGCCACAUGGGUGGGACUUACUGGACACUGGGCUCCAGGAGAGCACAUUAUGGACGGCAGACCUCCACUACUUCACCCUACCUAGAUAUCUUCUCUGGUCGCACUCUGUUGGACAGGCUGUGGAUGCAUCAUGGAGAUGGGUCUACAGAAGGGCAGGCAAAGGAAUUGUGUCACCGAAUGUUCACCCAGGGUCUGCUGCACCCCUUCAGUGGUGGCACCGCAGAGCUCCAUGAUGACAGCACGGCCUCAGCAGUCUUUAAUGAGGAGCAGCUGUACACUUGGGCAUCUGUGGGCUUGCCAGUGUCUUCCCACCUGUGGGAACUCAAUGGGGGGCGAAGCACUGGCAGAGUACAGAGCUUGAGAUCCCCUUUGAAUCAAACAUCAGCCAAGACACCAGGAGCUCUACACUCUCAGAUAGAAUCCAGCAGGUUGAAGUCAGGUCAGUCAUCCUCAGCGGAUGAAAGCUGUCUCAUCCCUCAGCUGGAGAGGACCAUCGACGACCUUCGGGUUAAGAUUGCUGUGUUGCAGGGCCAGCAGGCCUCCUUGGCAAAGGGCAGCGGGGAUAAUAUGGGAGCUCUGGGCACUGCCCACCAAAAGGCCUCACAGAUGAGAGAGGGAAGACUGGGAAAGAUGAGCCAGGAGGUGUCUGUCCAGACAUCGCCUGUGGAGGAGGGGUUUAAGUUUGAUGUGCCUUUCAAUGGAGGAUCAGGGAGCGUGUUGUCAUCCGUUUCUUCCUCCAUCCCCAAAUCUACAGAGAGCUUUGUUUGCACUUGCCAACAGAGGCAACAGAAGAGCACCCAUCCAGCUCCCCCACCUCCACCUCCCCCUCCCCCUCAAGUCUCUGGAGAUAUGCCCCCACCUCCGCCACCACCACCUCCACCACUACCUUUACCAGGGGGUGUCGCUCCUCCUCCACCACCACCUCCGCCACCCUUACCUGGUCUUGGACCUUGUCCACCACUGCCUCCCUUUCCUCCUCCUCCUCCCCCCCCACCACCGCCACCAGGUUUAGGACCUCCACCCCCACCUCCUCCACCACCCGGUAUGGGCCCCCCUCCACCGCCCCCUCCGCCCGGAAUGGGACCCCCGCCUCCACCCCCACCCCCAGGCUUUGGGCCUCCACCUCCACCAGGCCCCAUGCCCUCCAUGAUGGUCCAGGAAGCUGCCCCUGCCAAGGCUGUGAUAGAGCCCCCCAAGCCAAUGAAGCCACUCUACUGGACACGCAUACAGUUGCAUGCUAAAAAACAAACUGGUCCGCUGGUGUGGGAGAAAAUAGAGGAACCAACUGUGGACUUCGAAGAAUUUGUGGAAUUAUUCUCCAAAAGUGCUGUUAAGGAGAAGAAAAAGCCAAUUUCAGACACAAUCAGCAAGUCUAAGGCCAAGCAGGUGGUGAAGCUUUUGAGCAACAAGCGUUCACAGGCUGUGGGUAUUCUAAUGUCCAGUAUUCAUCUUGAUAUGAAGGACAUCCAGAAUGCCGUCCUAAAUAUGGAUAACACUGUCGUUGAUCUGGAGACGCUGCAAGCCCUUUAUGAAAAUAGAGCUCAAGAUGAUGAGAUGGAUAGCAUUAAAAAGCAUAUUAAAGCAUCCAGAGACAAGGAGGGUGCCAAGCCACUGGACAAGCCUGAGCAGUUUCUAUUCCAGUUAUCCCAAAUCCCCAACUUCUCUGAGCGGGUGUUCUGCAUCCUGUUUCAGUCAACUUUCCAUGAAUGUAUCAUCUCAGUCCUCCGCAAAAUAGAAAUUCUUCAGAGAGUAUGCAAGACUCUCCAGAGUGGUAAGUGUGUAUUGCAGGUGCUUGGCCUGGUGCUGGCUUUUGGCAACUUCAUGAACGGAGGUAAUCGGUCUCGAGGGCAAGCCGACGGCUUCACCGUGGACAUUCUGCCAAAACUGAAGGACGUCAAGAGCAGUGAUAACUCCCAGAGUCUUUUGUCCUACAUUGUUGCUUACUAUCUAAGGCACUUUGAUGAGGAUGCUGGCAGAGAGACGUGUGUCUACCCUCUGCCCGAGCCCCAGGACCUUUUCCAGGCCUCCCAGAUGAAGUUUGAGGACUUUCAAAGAGAUUUGCGCAAGCUGAGGAAAGACCUCAACGCAUGCUCAGCUGAGACGGAGAAAGUUUGCAAAUUGUCCUCUGAAGAAAACCUGCAACCCUUUAAGGAGAAGAUGGACGAAUUUCUUAGCCAAGCCAAAACGGAACUGGAAACACAGGACAAGCAGCUGGCAGACACUCAGAAGAUCUUUUUGGAGUUGAGCGGGUCGUUCUCAGUUAAACCCAAGGCAGGGGAGAAAGAGGUUUCUCUCAACACUUUCUUCUCCAUUUGGCAUGAGUUUUCCACUGAUUUCAAGGACCAGUGGAAGAAGCAGAAUAAGCUGAUGUUACAGGAACGGGUCAAAAUGGCUGAGGACUGCUUCAAACAGGCCAGGGAGAAGGCUUCCUACAAUGUGAAACCCAAACAUUCAACUGGAAUAAAAGCAAAGCUGGGUCAGAAGAUCUGAAGCAGAGAAUGGAAAAUGAUCAUCAUCAAGUGUUAUUGCACAAGCACAGAUUAUACAAUCUUAAAUGACUCAUCAGUAAUUUUACAAGAUUUAUUUGCUUCCAGUAUUUGUUUUCAAUUGAUUCAAAGCUGUUUUUGUAGUGAGUUGGUUCAAAGUGGAUAUUAUAUUGUUUAAAAGUGGAAUGAAAAAUUACAUCCUCAGCCAGCUUUUGAAGCCACUCACAUAAUUAAGUGAAAUAUUGCUACUAAAAGACAUCAUUAAGCUGAAAUGAUUAAAUACAAUGAUGUUGAGUAAUUCGCUAGAGAAAUUCCAGAAAAUGUUCACUGGACUCUGAAAUUUGUAGCAACAUUAUAUCCAAUCUUUUAGUAUUUUAUAAGCCAUAUGUAGCUUAUUUUCUUUUUUAGUGCAAUUCCUAAACCUAAUUUGUUAGGAAGGCAUGGACACUUCCUCUUUAUAUCCCCCUUCAUGGUGAAAAGCACAGAAUUUUAUAACCUUUCAUAUGGUAGGCAUGGAUCACUUGCCAGACAGAAAGUGCCUUAUCGCACAGUAGAGUGGUCAAACGAGUGCUGUAGAAAAGAGCUUAUUUCUGAGACAUAUCAUCUGUAAUUAAAUGUUACAUGUAAACAGGAAAACAUGACAGAUUUACUUUUCUGAAUAGUUUCAUGAAGUGUGUUUUGGAACCUAGUGAUAUCUAGUGAUAAUUUUACAAUUGUUUUACCUGCAGCACCUCUAUUGUUGUUUAAUAUGUUCUUUACAACCAAAAAGGCCAUCCAUACCUAAAUGGUGUGACCUGAUGUAGACCUAAAAUUGUUUUAUUCAGAAUUAUUGUCAAAUUGCUUUAUGUUUUAAGCAGAAUCCUAUCCAGUUAGUUUCCUACCUUUCCUAUUACUGUGUGUGAGAGUGUCUGAACUCCCAUAUGGUAAGUGAGCAACAGGAUUAUGUGAUGUGAUGUUCAUGUGCAAUACUAACGAUAUGUUUUGAUUGAAUAACCUUGCACAUGAAAAAAUAUAGUUAUUGAAUAAAAGAAAUUACAUUAAUUUUUAAUAGA